AUGUGGUGUUCCAAGAUAAGGCAAGCACUUACUAAUUCGAGUCCACAAGCAGGAAAUGUGAUACAUCCAUUUCCUUUCAGGCAAACAACACAGUUCCGUGGCAGCACAAAAGCUUUGCUUCUAGUGCAAAAUCUCAAACAUUCAGAAAGCUAUUGCUCCUCUGUGGACGUACCAUUUUGUAUUUGCUAUUUGGAUGUUAUGGAUAAGAACAGUACUUUUCCUCCAAUCACAUGGCCACCAAAGUUUUGGGAGCAGAUUACGAUAGCCUUCACAGUGUCCAUGUUGAUUGGACUGGUGAUUGGAGGGAUCAUCUGGGCAUUUUUCACCUGCUUGUCCCGUCGCAGAGCUAGUGCCCACAUUUCCCAGGGGAGCCCCUCGUCCUUCAGCCGUCGGUCCAGACCUUCCUCCCAUGGCCACGCUGCCGGCAGGACUGGAUUUUACCGCAACAGCAGCUGUGAACGUCGGAGCAACCUCAGCCUGGCCAGCCUCACCUUCCAGCGGCAAGCCUCCUUGGAGCAGGCCAACUCUUUCCCCAGGAAGUCAAGUUUCCGUGCGUCCACCUUCCACCCUUUCCUGCAGUGUCCUCCCCUGCCCGUGGAGACGAACAGUCAGCUGAUCACCCUCACUCCCACAAACACCACCACGACCCUUGUGGGAAGCACCACCAACAGCUUGAGUAGACCUGAAUUCCACUGGUCUAACAACAACCUCCGCAUCUGCCACUCCACGCAAACCCCGCCUCCCGCCUAUGAAACCAUCAUAAAAGCUUUCCCAGAGUCCUGAGCUUCGUCCUGGCUGCAAACGCACACCUGCAUCUAAGCAGGAACCUCAACUAUCUCAACAAUCUUCUGUGCAUGAUGAAGAUCUCUGAGAAGUCUCCAGCUGCAGUCGCAGAGGGGACAUACUUUGCCAAGAGACGUGUAGCAGUGCUUUCAUGGAGCCCGACAUCCCACUGUCUGAGAGAUCACUCGUCUUUGCACUGCUGCCUUUUAUUUACUGCUCUGCUGUAUGCUUGCAUAUUUAUAGUGUUGUAUCCUUAAUUGCAGCCAUUGUCUCUUUAUUUUAGAGGGAAAAAUGCUGCCACAUAAAAACUAAAUAAUUUCUUGAAGAAACAGAUAGUACUAGAGAUUACUGAUAUACACAGCACAUCAAUGCAAAUUUCAGUAUUCCUUUUUAAGAAGUUUUGAUUUUACAUGUUUUUGUUACAUUUUCAGAGAGCACCUCCCCUUACCCUUCUUCUUGCUAAAGCCCCAGAAGAGCUUCAGUCUGAGGAACCUUAAAUGCAGACCUCAUAGAGGAUGCAGUCCUGGCUGCUAUAGACAUCCUGUUCUGUUGAUUGCAAUGAUCUGAUCUGAAAAGACUGCAUAUUAGGGAUGCUUGGUUAAAAUUCCCCACAGUGUGGGAAAAAAAAUCUGAAGUAUGUGAAGCUUCAUGCAGAAAGAAGCUUUGAACAACAUACUAAAUGCAUUAUAACAAUUAUAAAUAAUUUUUUGUCUGCAGCCAGCAGAAAAGGUAGUCACAUUUUAAUACCCAGUGAGGCUGUAUGGGCAGAACGCCUCAUGUUUCAUUUUUCUAGUUCUGGUUAUCCAGAUAAGCAGUAUGAAUGACAACUAUUUUAUAAUUAAGUUUCCUGAUUUCCUAUGGGAUUAGUCAUUUCCUUAUUUCAAAUUGUUUUUCUCAAAUUGUACCAACGUUUAAUUCUUUCUUUUAUUCACUGAAAUCUUGACUUUCACAAAACAAGAUUUCAGACAUCUGUUGCUGAAUACAGGGAUUGUAUAAUGAAUUGGGAUAUGAAGAUAAAGAUUAAGUAUUUAGUUGAGGCUUACAUAUAUUCUUGACUUUUAUAUGUGUAUCAUGCCAAGCUAACCCCUGGCUUAGUAGAGACUAAUUGCACUGAUGUGACAAAACUUUCAGGAUUUGGAAAUAACAGUGACAAAUGGAACCUGAAUUAACUCUUAUUGUAUCAGUUCCCUGUUAAAUAUUUCAUGUUCAAAUUAAGGUUAAAGAAUUUCCACAAGCAGAGGAGCUGUCCACACUCCCCACAUGAAAUUAUGCCUGUUGUUCCUAAAAGGCUUGGGCAAUGCCAGCCUCAGGAUUCUGAUGAGCCAUCUGUAGGGAGAACAAGUUCUUAUCUCACUUCUGGGAGAGAAAAAGAUUCAGUAGCUUCCGUGAAUGGGCAAAAUGCUUAACAUCUCCCAGCUUUUCCAGGCUUUUGGAGACUGGCACCACGCACCCCUUUGCUGAGGUAACACCUCUCAGGAAGCACUGGCAUUGAUCUCUGAUAGGUAUUUCAGCCAAAUACCAACCUAUUCCCAAAUAGUGCCACAAGCAUUGAGCUUACAAGCAAUACUUACUGUAAACAACAAGAAUUCCUUAUUGUAAAGGCAAAUUAUUUUCCAUAUAUUUACUGACUGGAUUUAAUUGUUUUGUUUUUAGUGUGCAACACAUCUGAAGAGAUGUAUUUCUUUGUUGGAAGAACAACCAUUUACAGAGUUUACAGAGCAUUUCAGUGCAAACACUAUGGGUUCUAGCACACCCAGAACUUGCUGAUAACACUGUAACACUGCAUUUGACAUAUCACAGGCUACAGACUUAAAAUAACAGUCCUCUGAAGAAAGAAAGUUGUGCUUUUUUUUUUUUUUUGGCCUUUUUUUUUUUUUCUUUUCUUUUUUUCUUUUUUUUCUUUUUUCAUUUAGAGUUGCUCUGAGUCUGGUGAAUUUUAUUGCAUGCAAAAAUAUGUUCAAAGUGUCUUUCCUUUAGAAUAGGUGAUGCAGCGUAUUCUAACCUGCCUACAAAAAGUAGAAUUCAAGCCUGAUCCCUUUGUUUAGUGGGUAUGAUGGACUGUGGAAGAAACAACUUACCCUACCAGCUGUAUACCCAGUGUGCACCCAGCUGGCCAAAACUGCUUGUUCCUUGACACUGAAACCAUUUCAGAUGAGUAACUUUUUACUUCUGGAUUGUUAAUGCACAUUACCUUACAGUAGAACUUUCCACAGCGCACUUAUUACACAAUUAUUACUUGUAUUACACUGUAUUUAGUAAACAAUGUAAAAAGGGAAGCUUAAAUGUACUGUAUUUUUUUUUCCUCCUGAAAUCUGCAUUGGAUAUCAAAACAUUUCUUAUGUGUCCUGGAUCAGGGAGACUAAAACCACACAUUUUUGGUGCAUAGCCAAUAUGACUGUCAGAUGCCUAAAACUUGUUUUCACAUCUGAAAUAAAUGUUUUGCAAGCAAGAAGAUUCAGAUUGUGGAAUAAAGUUAGAUUCUAUAAUCUCAAGCUCAUGUCUUUUUCUUAAUGGUGAAUACAGUUGCUUGCAUGAAAGAGCCAUUAAAGGGAAGAGUAUUAUCUUUUGUUAUGCAAGAUGAUACAGUUACAAAUGUGAAUGAGGACUGCCACCUUCCUUUGCUUGUGUGGGAAACACCCCAAAACUGAAGAUGUCAUUUGAAGUCAGGAUCAGAAUUUGCCCUAUGAGAACAGCUUCAGAGGAUUACAAGUGAGAAGGUGUCCCACACAUAACAGUGCUUACAGGUAUUAAAUCCACUGGUUUAUAAGUACUUCAGCUUCAAUUCACAUUUUGUUUGAGCAAAUGCUUGCUUUGAGCAAAAGUGUAAUCACUAUUCAUGCUUAAAUGAACUCAUGCACAUUUUAUUGCAUUAGGACCAAAGCACACUGCACAGGACCAACCCUCAAAUUAACAUUGGGAUUCAGGAAUCAUUGUUUGAGAUGCAAAAAGAUUGUAUUUGCUUAAUUAUAUCAUCUUUUAUUUCAAUUUAAAAUACUAGAAAGAAGGGCUGAAUUACAAGUGUGUUACUGAAAAUUUCAAGAUUUCAGAGUGUUCACAAGCUUAAAUUGACAAUUGUUUUGCAUGCAAUACAAAUAAAAUGGUGCUCCCAGAAUCACAUAGGGAGUGAUAAGCAGAACUUUGAUCAAGAUCCAGAUGUCCUGACACCUUGUUCUGAGUAAGCAGAACUACUCCUCUUCAUGAAGAGAAAUGCUAUCCUGUUAUUGUCCAUGUCCACAAAAAAGUGACUCCAGUUAUAGGUUCCUAUAGAAGACAAAACUUGACAGCUCUUUGUCAGAGAAUAUUAAUUUUCCAUCUUAUUUACAAGAGUAGCUCAUGCUAUAUUCCUUGACCUUUCCCCACUGAAGAGCUGCUGAUCACCUCUUUAGACAGCUACUGAUUAUCAUACUGUAACACAUUGAACAUGCAGUAUUUUUGCCAAGUCACAUUUUUAAAGUUCACUUGUAAUUUAACAUGAAGCUUUUCAAUCAUCUCAACAUCUAUUCUUAAGUAUAAACUGAAAAUUAUGCUCACUAGGACAUAUCCUCUCAGAGGUGAAAUGACACAUGCCAGAUCCCUCACCUAUAAGCACUUGAUAAAAUUAGAUGAUGUCUGUGAUGCAGUACAGCUUCUGGAACAAAAAAAAAGAAAGAAAAUUCUAAUUGGAAAUUGACAUCUGCCAAGACCAGAGCAGACUAAACAAAAAGGUGUUGAUAUAACUUCAAAAUAUUGAGAACAGUAUUUUAGAAACUAAACUUAAAAAUUCUUAAAACUCAAGGAAAAUACCUGUAUCUUCAUAAAAGCGAGUUAAUAAAGCAAUUGAGUAUUUGGAGUUCCUGUAUGACUUUGUUUGGAUAUUUACCUUUCUGAAUGCCAAAAAUGAUGACAAGAUCCUAAUCUCUUAUUCAAUCUAAUAUUAAUAUUGCUUACAAUUGACUCAGUGUUUUUCAACCAGCUGGACUAGACAGUUCUGAGAAAACUACUGCAGCACUCCAUAGGUGAACUACUGCUGGCAGCAGCUCUUUUUGAAGCACACAAAGCAACAAACUGUCUUGCACUGUAGCAGCAGCAACACCAGUGACUCC